AUGCCUCACCAGAGCAGUCUCGGUACCACUGACAAUUCGAGAGUUGGAAACACGCUCAUCGACCAACAUGCAGCCAAGUCACAUAAGAAGAACCAUGCCCCCUUCCCUUGGUCUGAAGAGCAGCGUGCUUGGAUGAAAGGUCAUGUUGACCCUUACCUUGAGCUCGACCCGAAGAAACGCGACAUGUGGUCCAAGCAGAAAGCGGAGGAUCUUGUCAACAAGUGGCGGUUCGCCAAUGCUGGAGACGCUCGUCAGUGCUUCAUCAAAUACCUUCAGAAUGCUCUAGCCCGCUCGAGGAUGUCUCAGAAGCAACCACCCAUCAUCAAGUUUCCCAGAAAGCGUGCGGAGAAUGCAGCUGACUUGUGGGCCAAGGCUCCGGAGAACAAGAUACUCCUCGACACCGCUGUUGCAGAGAAACGUGGGGAUGCAUCGACCAAGAACAAUGUUGGCAUCCGAUCCACACUGAAAGCAGCAAUGUUCAAAGCGCUAUCUUCUAAAGAGCAGGAGCAAUGGGAGAAGAAGGCAUCAGAGCUGAAGGAAGUCUCUGCUGAAGAUAAAGUCGAGUCUAUCUGGGAGAACCAGGAAAUUAUGGCAGAUACUCUUGUCGCCACCCUUGAGGGUUCAAUCGGUAUGGGCAAAAAUCAAGUUGGGGAUGCGACGUACCACGUCCAGAUGGUGUAUCUUGAUAAAGAGGGUAACGUUCAAUCGACAAGUAUUUGUUGUGGCAUCAUGCUCGACGACAAAGCAUUCAAAGAUGUCGAGCCCGAAACAUACACAAGUCUUAGCAAGGCCUGGAUCAAGUACGCAACCGAGGCAUUGUUCCAAAACGACCACAUGCGCGCCCCAAUAAUGAGUUCGCCAUCACGCUUGCCAAAGACUCGACCGGAAAUCCCAUCCUGCCACAGUACGAUGACUCAUGGGUACAAUCUCAUUGCGCCGAGGUUUUAG